AUGACACCCUCUCCGCUACUGUCUCUACGAUCUUCCUCAGCGACUACAACAUGGUGCUCCAUCAUGAUGAUCCGCUACGAAACUUUUGAAGAUGCUCAGCCUUGCUUCGACCAAGAUAGUCUGGUCGAGUUUACGCUACUUGUUAGUCGACGAUACGUAACACGCCAGUCCGCCAUAGCCGUCUUCUUGGACCGGCCCGAAGAGACACGGCAUUGCGGCGUUUCCCGCGAGGCCAUGCUGUAUGCUCCAGCCCUAGUGUGCCAUCUUGAGUUCCUACCCCGGAUCACUAGUCCGAGGAGAUUUGACAGUGCCACCUCAUCAUUCCGUCGUCAAAGCGAUGGGACGAAAGUGUUUUUUCUCAUUGACGGAAAUAAAACCUUGGCCUUGCCCUGCAAACCACCCCUGACGUUUCCAGCCACACCUGCGUCAGAGCAUGGUGUUCCGCUCGCUCUCGCUUUCGGCGAUGGGGCCCCCUUCGAACGCUUGCGCAUGAAGACGAGCGGAGAUCUGUGCGAGUCUUUUGGAGUUGGGUGGAAUUGGUGUAGAUCUGCUUCCGCAUACCCACUCUUUUGUUCUACGUGUAUUCCUUUACGUGGAUCCGUAUCCAAGUUUCCCACCAAACGCAUCGUGAACUGCGGAUUCUACGAUUGCAACUUGAGUACAUUAUCCCAGGUUCUCCCCUCACGUUACUGUUCGGCACGUCUGUCUCUGCCAACUUCAGCCCGAGAAUCUCGGCAAAUCAAAGCAUUGCCGAGUGAGGCAAUGGCUACCUUGGCUCGUAUGCGCGAACAGCAUAUCAAACAUUUCCUUCGGUUGUUUUCGUGCUUGGUCAAGUACGGUGACAUUGAAGUUCUACGGCACGGUUUCAUCGGUUUAAAGUUUGCUCCUACAGCAGUCAAACGCAUCGACACAUUGUACCGCGCGAUAUGGGUGCUGUGGCUUGACGUUCGGACAUUUUUAGACUUUCCAGACCCCGGAGACCUCACCUCCUUCAACCUGUCCCGGAUUUACUCGAGAUCUUAUCCCGAGUCCUUCUUUCCAUUGACGGCAGCUAUGAACGCCACUCUCAACCAAACUUGGACUGAGGCAAUGUCUGAGCUAAGACUACGGCCCACAGUCACACCGAGCAGCACUCUUCUACCUCACUCACUGACCGCGAAAGGGUGGUUAGCAUGUCUUGUUUUGUCGCUUAUGGACGGGCUUCUCGACAGGGUUCUUCGAUAUCAGCAAAAAGAUCCUGCGCGUCGGGCGCGGGAUGAGAGGCGAAGACGACGGCUGGGAGUCUGGGAGGAGAGGCAUCACAGCGGGCUUGAAAAGCUUCACGAAACGCUGUGUGACCUGGAUAUCCCGGAGGUAGACCUCAAUACGGUCGACAUGCAUGAAUGGUUGGAUUACGCAUUUCAAAAAUCAUCACUACAAGGUAGCUAUGGUACCUCAUGUUCCAUGCCCACGAAUUUCCAACCGCCUGCUAAUCAUUGGGAUGUCAUUACGAGCAGGGGUCGAUACGGAACACAUCAAUUUGUUGCUCGCGGAGGAAACAGUGAGAUGAUUCAGUGUCCGCCCGCUGGGCAUUCGCCAAAGAAUUUCGGCGAUCUCAAAGGACAGCGUCUGGUAUCGGCGCGAGAAGAAGACGCUCCGGUAUUGUCUGGCGUGGCGUACAAUAACAAGAUGGAACAAAGAAGAACGAAAUCCAAUUUACCUUCAGAUACUGAGAUACUUGGCACAGAAGAUGUCCUGUUGAGAGCCCAGGGAUAUGUCAGGCUGCCGCUUGUUAUCUCCCGCAUCUUGCUCUAG